AUUUGUGAAGGAAAAAACAAACAAAACAAAACACCUUCGAUUUUUUUUUAAACAUUCUUGGAUUUAAUUGGAUUACCUUCAAAUAAAAAAUGGCUGAUGACGAGAAUCAACAGCAGCCUGGAAGUAAUCAACACAAUCCAUCAUCACCAUCAUCUUGUUGUGUGGAACACGUUUCAAUUGACAUCGAAAAAGCUGCUUCCAACAACAACGGUACCGGCAACUACAACAACACAGAACACCAUCACGCUAAAAUCAAUGGAAUCUCAUCGCAUUCCAUAACAACAAUCGGAAACGGAACACCUAAUAGCAGCACAUCUACACCCGGCAGCGGAGGCCACAACAACCAGUCUUCGAAGCAAGACCGCGAAAAGCUCGUCAAGCGAUCGCGAGCAGCAGUCUUUUGUCGUGCGGCUUUUGCGUUAGUUGGUAUUUGUUUUCUUAUUGCUGCUGUUGUCCUACUUUGGUACUACAUGGGUUGGGAGUACGGUCUACCAGCAUUGCUGGUUGCUUUUGUAGCUGUCGUCCUGUCAACGGUCGGCUGGAGAUGGUUCUACAUUGCUGCUGUAACCAGUAGACGGGAUAUAACUGGUGUUCUUGCCUACAUAAGAAUCCUUAUUCUAAUCAAAAAAUAUGAAAAGAAAAACCUCACCAUUUCGGACAUUUUCCACAUGAAUGUUGCAAAACAACCCGAAAAAGCUGCUAUUCUUUGCGAAAAUGAAGUCUGGACAUUCCGACAAUUAAAUGAAUUCUCGAAUCGCAUUGCAAAUGUAUUCCACAGUCAUGGUUAUAAAAAAGGUGAUGUUGUCGCAUUGCUAAUGGAAAAUCGUCCCGAAUUUGUUGGAACUUGGUUGGGUCUAUCCAAACUCGGAGUGAUAACCCCACUUAUCAAUACAAAUUUGCGAGGACCAUCCCUGUUGCAUAGUAUAACCGUUGCAAAGUGUAGUGCCUUGAUUUAUGGUGAAAGUUAUGCAGAAGCUAUUGAAAUCAUUACCAAAGAGUUACCAUCUUCAUUGGCAAUCUAUCAAUUUAACAAUAAAGAGAAGUCUCCAGUUACUGGCUUAGCAAAGGAUCUUACAACUUUGCUGCAAAGUUCUUCCAAGGAUAAUAUACCUGCAUCAGUUGAGCCUGCCAAUCAUCAUGAUAAAUUGGUGUAUAUUUACACAUCGGGAACAACUGGUUUGCCCAAGGCAGCUGUCAUAUCACAUUCCAGAUAUUUGUUUAUCUGCGCUGGAAUUCAUUAUACCAUGGGUUUCAGUAGUGACGAUGUUUUCUAUACGCCACUUCCACUUUACCACACAGCUGGCGGUGUCAUGAGCAUGGGACAAGCACUUCUGUUUGGCGCUACCGUGGCCAUUCGUAAGAAGUUCUCGGCAUCAGGUUACUUUGCUGAUUGCGUCAAAUUCAAUGCAACCAUUGGCCAGUAUAUUGGAGAAAUGUGUCGCUAUAUUCUUGCCACUCCAAGUUCUGAAAAUGAUAAAAAACACAAGAUUCGCGUACUUUUUGGAAAUGGACUGAGGCCACAAAUUUGGCCGAAAUUUGUUGAACGUUUUAAUAUCCCUAAGGUUGGCGAGUUCUAUGGAGCAACUGAAGGAAACGCAAAUAUCAUCAAUAACGAUAAUACCGUUGGAGCUAUUGGAUUUGUUUCAAGAAUUCUUCCAACCGUCUACCCCAUUUCGAUCAUCAAAGCUGACCAAGAUUCCGGUGAACCUAUUCGUGGACCUGAUGGUCUUUGCCAGCUUUGCAAGCCAAACGAACCAGGUGUAUUUAUUGGCAAAAUUAUCAAAGGCAAUCCUUCCAGAGAGUUUUUGGGUUAUGUGGAUGACAAAGCAUCGGCUAAGAAAAUCGUUCAAGAUGUCUUCAAAAAGGGAGAUGCUGCAUUUUUGUCGGGAGAUUUGUUGAUGGCUGACGAAAGGGGAUAUCUCUUCUUUGUUGACCGAACAGGCGAUACAUUCCGAUGGAAGGGUGAAAAUGUCUCGACAGGUGAGGUGGAAGCACAAGUAAGCAAUGUAGCUGGAUACAAGGACACAGUAGUCUACGGUGUUUCGAUACCUCAUACCGAAGGCAGAGCUGGAAUGGCUGCGAUAUAUGAUCCUGAGCGAUCAGUCGAUUUGGAUACAUUUGCCGAAGAACUAAAGAAGCUUCUUCCAACAUAUGCGCGACCACAGUUCCUGAGAUUCCUGACAAAAGUCGACCUUACCGGAACUUUUAAGCUUCGUAAAGUUGAUUUGCAAAAGGAAGGGUUCGAUCCGAGUACGAUUGCAGAUGCAAUUUACUAUCAAACACCCAAGGGACGAUAUGAACUUUUGACAGCUGAUAUUUAUGAAAAAAUCAACAAAGCAGAGAUUCGAUUUUGAGGACCUGAGAUCUUGUCUCUUCCUAUUUUGCCAGCACUCAUUUUUCCUUUUGAAAUGUGUAGUUUUUUUUUCUAAACAAAUCCUAUAAGGAUGUGAUUGGGGUUUUUCGAUAAAAUUAUAUAUCUAAGCACGGGUCGGGGUUUAUAAGAGAUCACUUUUUUGGAUCAUCAGUUAUUUACUUGAAAGUAUGAGACUUGUUAAAUCACAAAUAAAAAUCACGUCUUAAGGACGUGAGCAAAAUAAUUUUAAUAAAGUAAAUUGCAUGUGGGAUAUUUAUAUUUGAAAAAAAAAAAAUACGAAAAGGAAAGAUAAUAAUUUUUUGUUUAAAUUUUUAAAAAUCAAUUAAGAGUUGGUUUAUUGAAACUAAAAAAAAAUAAUGUAAACCUUCGGGAACUGUUGUAGUGUUUCUUUUGUUUUAAAUUAAGUUGUUAAGACUUUUUUCUUAUAAUAAGUAAGGAACUAAGUAUUGAGUAGCUAUUUAGUUUUAAGUACCGCAUAUUGUAGGUUUAAAUAACUUUUUUAUUGAUUUGUUAAGUUGUUUUUUAUGUACAUUUAUUAUGUUGAUAAGUGUUUUACUUAGAAAGUA